CACUCAAACAGAAUCAGUCAUUUGCCUGAAAAAAUUAACGCCAAGCACAAACCAACACGAAAAUGGAUGAUGAGGACGAAGGGGACUUCUUGCCACCGGCAAACACUAAUACUUUUGCCGUACCCAGGGAGCCGGAACUACUAGUGGAAUAUGCGCUGUACAAUCCCUCGAUGGCCACCCGGCGGCUGCACAGCGAGCGUAAUCGGCUGAUCUACACGGAGGCCUUCAUCGAGAACGAGCGCCUGGGCACGCUGUCCGAUCUGUGUGUGCGAGCGCUGGCCAAACUGGGCUGUCGCUAUAUUCCGCCGGAAGUGCGGCGGAAUCCGUUGAAGAUGCGCAUUUUCUACGAUGCAUUGGAUAUUAAUAUGCCGCUUCAGGACUGCUACUUCGUAGAGGACUUACGUUUCUGGCGUCGCGUCGUGCUCGCUAAGAGCUCGAACAAGUCGCUGCCGCUAAAGAAGAUCGACGAAUACGACUGGAAGGGCAAUGGAGUGAGCCUCAAGUACGUGGAAUUGGUUGAGGCCUGUCCGGCUGCCUAUUGGCCGGAGCAGAAGAUGGCGAGCCUGGGCCAGUUGGUGCGGCCCUAUAUGCGAACCCUGCACAUCAAGCAUCUGCAAUCGCUUACGGACGACGCCUUCCAGCACUUCGUGGAAAGCGAAUCGGAGCUGGACGUGACGUCCGAGGAGUCCGGCAUGUCCGAGAUAUCCAGCGAUGAGAGGGACACUCCGGAGGAGGGCGAGGAGGAGGGUGAGGAGGAGGAGCAGGUGAUGCCGGCACAGCCUCCAAGUAAGGCUCCAAAAGCAACUGGCUCCUCAGUGCGCAUCGCUGAGAACUUCAAGGUGGCGAUGAUCGAGCCGAAAGACUCGUCGACUCAGGUUGGCCUCCAACAGAGGUCGCCCUCGACCAUCGAGUUGGAUCUGAAGCGCAAGCAAGCGCGCGCGGCACGCAAUGCAGCGCGGCAGCAGCUGCGCGAGCUGCGGGCGGAGAAGCGAGCUGAGCACGAGCGGCGCAAGCGGCAGCGUUCGUUAUUGCGCAAAAAGCCCGAGCCGGAGCCGAAGCCGAAGAAGAAAAAGAAGAAGGCCAAGGCAGGGCCCGUCGAUGAUGUCUUCAACAUGGAUGUGCCGCCAGAGCCGCCCGACGGCGAGGAUAAAAAGCAAGAUGGACGCAACAUUGAGAAGCUGCUGCGACGCAUGAAGCGCUACGACUACCCAGCCAAGCAUUGCCAUCACAUUGACCUCAGCUUCGUGCGCUACUUCGAUCAACUCGUCUCGCUGACCAUCGAGUUCCUCGGUCCCGAGAUGGGGCGCCACUACCACAAGCGGCACAUGAACUUCUCCUACGACGACAUGGUCCACCUGGGCAAGGGACUGCAGCAGUUGCCCCAGCUGAAAGUGUUUCGGCUGAGGAACAGUCGCAUGGAUCACAUUAAGCUGUUGAUACUGGCGCGAGUCCUCAAACAGCUGGACACGCUGGAGGUGGUGGACUUUGGCUACGAUCAGCUCACCGACCAGAGUAAAGUGGCCAUCGAAAUGCUGCUGGAGCGGACGCACAUGCUCAAGGCGCUUGAGCUGGAGUACAACAGGCUGGAGCGCACUGCCAUAGUCUCUAUCGGCCAGGCGCUCAAGUACCAUGCUAUUCAGAAUCCCGAUGCCGCUCCCCUGGAGUAUCUGGGCCUGGCCCACAAUCCGCUCAAUGAGAACGGCUUCUCCUCGCUGGUCAACGACAUCAUCGGCACCAAGCACGUGCAGGAGCUGAACAUAAAUGGCAUCGACACCGUUGCCGUCCGGCUGGCACCGAUCAUCAGCACUCUGCUGCGCAAGCACAGUCCCCUGCGUAGCCUGGACAUGGCGGCCAUUAAGCUCAACUCGGAUGCGGGACACAUUGUGAUCUGCGGCCUGCAGACGAACCACAAGGUCACGCACUUCGACUGUCGCGCCUGCUGCAUGGACGAGGAGCAGGAGUACGAGGCGGACAUCAUAGUGCGGCGCAACAACUUCGAGCUGCAGCAUACGUACUUGGGCGAUGAGACGCAAACGGAGGAGAGCAUGCUGAAGUUUGUGGCCGGACUGCGGCAUCCCAUUUUAAUGAAGAUUGACUACGAGAUGGCGAGGCGCGAAGAGUGCAUCAUGAAUCGACGCUGUGAAACGUCCAGUGAGAAAGUCGCCACUGAAGAGCAGGGGGAGGAGCAGGUGCAGGAGGAUUUCGAUAUUUGGACCAUGUUCGGUGUCCAGAAAACUAGUGUCCACGAGAACCUCGACACCCAAUCCGAGACAUUCUCGAAUCGCAGCGAUCGCACAUUCGUCUACAACUCGAAUGCGUUCAAUCUGCAGCAGAUCCGCGAGCAUCUGUAUUUGCCGGGUCCCGAGAAUCGAUACUUCUACUUCCAAAAGCAGAAGGAAAUGUUUAACAAUUAGUGGAGAUAGAUGUGAAUCGGCUAUAUAUGGAGGUAUUUAGAUUUAUUUAGAUUUCAAUAUG